CGUGCGGGCCGGGGGCCGGCGGCAGGGCCGGGGGCCGCAGCCCGAGCCGAGGGCGGCAGCCCAAGACCUGCCCCGCCGGCUGCCCGGUGCCCUGCCUCGCCCAGCAGCCCGGCCCGCCGGGAGGGAUGCGCCGUGCCGCCCGGCUCCCCUCCGCCCAGCCGGCGCCCGGGAGCAGAAAGUUUGGGGGGCCGGGGGCCGUCUUCCUCCUCCCGCUCCAAUGACUGCCCAAGGACCCCUGCUGCCCAGCCUCGACUGUGACCUGCCUCCGCUCCCCAGGUCGUAAUGAACUAUUCCAGGCUGUAACCAAGGCUCCCUGUCCUCGCCCCUCCCUCAUCCUGAUUUAGCUUUCAAUUCAAGAAAUUGUGACCCGCCGACCCCUCCCUCGUUACUAAUUCAGACCCCCGGGCCUCGUUUUCUGAGUGCAAGAAGGGGUGCGGUCUCCCCCAAGACGGCGCGCUUGGAAGGACAGAUUCCCCUUGCCGACCCACAUACACCAUGAAGAGGUGCAAAUCGGACGAGCUGCAGCAACAGCAGGGCGAGGAGGAUGGAGCUGGGCUGGAAGAUGCCGCUUGCCACCUGCCGGGCGCGGACCUCCGGCCUGGGGAGGCCACGGGUGCUAACUCUGCAGGCGGGCCAACUUCAGAUGCGGGCGCUGCCGCGGCGCCGAACCCGGGGCCCCGAAGCAAGCCUCCUGAUUUAAAGAAAAUCCAGCAGCUCUCAGAGGGCUCCAUGUUUGGCCACGGCCUGAAGCACCUGUUCCACAGCCGGCGCCGGUCUCGGGAGAGGGAGCAUCAGACGUCUCAGGAUUCCCAGCAGCAGCAGCAGCAGCAGCAGGGCAUGUCCGACCAUGACUCCCCGGACGAGAAGGAGCGCUCCCCGGAGAUGCACCGCGUCUCCUACGCCAUGUCCCUGCACGACCUGCCCGCGCGGCCCACCGCCUUCAACCGCGUGCUGCAGCAGAUCCGCUCCCGGCCCUCGAUCAAGCGGGGCGCCAGCCUGCACGGCAGCGGCGGGGGCGGCAGCGGGGGCGGCAGCCGGCGCACCAAGAGCAGCUCCCUGGAGCCCCAGCGCGGCAGCCCCCACCUGCUGCGCAAGGCCCCCCAGGACAGCAGCCUGGCCGCCAUCCUGCACCAGCACCAGUGCCGCCCCCGCUCCUCCUCCACCACCGACACCGCCCUGCUGCUGGCUGACGGCGGCAACGUGUACCUCCUGGCCGAGGAGGCCGAGGGCGGCGAUAAGGUUGACAAGGGAGACCUUGUGGCCCUGAGCCUCCCCGGCGGCCCCGGCCACGGUGAUGCCGACGGUCCCGUCAGCCUGGACGUGCCGGACGGGGCCCCCGACCCCCAGCGGACCAAGGCUGCCAUCGACCACCUGCACCAGAAGAUCCUGAAGAUCACCGAGCAGAUCAAGAUCGAGCAGGAGGCGCGGGACGACAACGUGGCCGAGUACCUGAAGCUGGCCAACAAUGCGGACAAGCAGCAGGUGUCGCGCAUCAAGCAGGUGUUCGAGAAGAAGAACCAGAAGUCGGCCCAGACCAUCGCCCAGCUGCACAAGAAGCUGGAGCACUACCGCCGGCGCCUGAAGGAGAUAGAGCAGAACGGGCCCUCGCGGCAGCCCAAGGACGUGCUGCGGGACAUGCAGCAGGGCCUGAAGGACGUGGGCGCCAACGUGCGCGCGGGCAUCAGUGGCUUCGGGGGCGGCGUGGUCGAGGGCGUCAAGGGCAGCCUCUCGGGCCUCUCGCAGGCCACCCACACCGCGGUGGUGUCCAAGCCCCGGGAGUUCGCCAGCCUCAUCCGCAACAAGUUUGGCAGCGCCGACAACAUCGCCCACCUGAAGGACCCUCUGGAGGACGGGCCCCCCGAGGAGGCGGCCCGGGCGCUGAGCGGCAGCGCCACCCUCGUGUCCAGCCCCAAGUAUGGCAGCGAUGACGAGUGCUCCAGUGCCAGCGCCAGCUCGGCCGGGGCGGGCAGCAACUCCGGGGCUGGGCCGGCGGGGGCGCUAGGGAGCCCCAAGUCGAACACGCUGUACGGGGCCCCCGGAAGCCUGGACGCUCUGCUGGAGGAGCUGCGGGAGAUUAAGGAGGGACAGUCCCACCUGGAGGACUCGAUGGAGGACCUGAAGGCUCAGUUGCAGAGGGACUACACCUACAUGACCCAGUGUCUGCAGGAGGAGCGCUACAGGUACGAGCGGCUGGAAGAACAGCUCAAUGACCUGACCGAGCUUCACCAGAAUGAAAUGACCAACCUGAAGCAGGAGCUGGCCAGCAUGGAGGAGAAGGUGGCCUACCAGUCCUACGAAAGGGCUCGGGACAUCCAGGAGGCCGUGGAGUCCUGCCUGACCCGCGUCACCAAGCUGGAGUUGCAGCAGCAGCAGCAGCAGGUCGUGCAGCUGGAGGGCGUGGAGAACGCCAACGCGCGGGCUCUGCUGGGCAAGUUCAUCAACGUGAUCCUGGCGCUCAUGGCCGUGCUGCUGGUGUUCGUGUCCACCAUCGCCAGCUUCAUCACGCCCCUCAUGAAGACACGCCUGCGCAUCACCAGCACCGCCCUCCUGGUCCUCGUCCUCUUCCUCCUCUGGAAGCACUGGGACUCCCUCACCUACCUCCUGGAGCACGUGCUGCUGCCCAGCUGAGCGGCCAGCCCACCCCUGCCCCGUGCUCCCCCCGGCCCCAAGAUGGCCACGCUUCUCCAGGAGGGACCCGGGGACUCCCGAGUCCCUUGAACUUGUUCGUGUGUCUGGUUUGGCCUCUUGCCCAAACUGUCCAUUCCAGCAGCUCCUGCCCCCUUCUCUGUUCUUGCUUCUGUCUGACGCCUUCUCCCUGUUGGCCUGAAGGGAGCCUCGAGCGCAGCCCUGGCCGGGCACAGUGAGGACAUCCGUGGCCAAAUGGAGCAGAGGAGGACACCGGGAUGGACCGUUCUGAUUAUUUACAGUCACACAAGGACUUCUCCCAGCGGACUCAGGAUGCAGCAAGUCAGGAGGGUCAAGAAGAGGAGCAGGAGAGGGCCACGCCCCAUCCUUCCAGGGAAGAGCCCAACCUGGAGACAUCCACAGUUCCCUCCUGCGGAGAUGGUCGGGGUGAAGGCCAGACGGCAAGCUGGGGGUGGGGCUCUGCUGGCCUCAGAGAAUGCCAGGGAGAGAGGGCAGGUCCCCCCAGCCUCUGGGCACCUGCCGGGCCAGAGGGCAGGCUCGGUCCACCCCUGGUUCCUCCAGAGCUGGUUUGAGGCUCACUUCUGGGCUGGGCCCUUCCCGGGAUAUGAAGGACGCAGGCUCUGGAGGCCAGGUGGAGUACAGCUUUUGGACUUGUGUUUUCCCUGUUGUUCUUUCUGCCUGUCACUGGAUCUGCUCUUUUCAGGGAAACAGGCCCCAGGGGCCCCCCGAGCCUCAGCCUAAGCCCUUAGGCCUCUGGGAGCAUGUUGGGUUCUAUUUAUUUAUUUAUUUAUUUGUUCCUUUGUAUCUUGUCCCCCCUGAGCUCCAGGGAGAGGGAGAGGCCCUGCCCCUGUCCUCUCUCGGAAGCCAGGGCCUUCUUCUUGGCUGUUGGGCACUUCCAUACCAUUUCGCCUCUGGAUAAUCCUGGCUAGGGGAAGGGGGGCGAAGCCACCCAGCCCCACUCUCCCAAAGCACCCCUCAGCCAGGACGGGAGGAGCAUAGCCUCUCUUUUAUACAUCUGUUUAUUUUGUAUGUGUGUAUUUGUGUGGAGGAGGUUGUUUGUUGCUUUAUUUUUUUAAGGCUCUGGAGUGUUGUGUAUGGUUUCUCUUCACAUCCCAGCCUUCCCACGGGCACUUCCAAGAAGAGAGGGCAUUUCUCGAAAAACAAAAGAGAAAUCCCUUCGAGCAGAGGAGGGUAGUGCCUGUCAGCUGUGGUGGACCUUCCUGAAAAAUAAAUAUCCUCUAAAUUUUCAAAGCA